UUCCACACAUCAAACUACACUACACCGAACCGAUUAAACUAAGUGAAAAUAUCACUCCGUAAGGAGGAGAGAUCGAAGAAGAGUUCGAAAUGACGAUGGUCAUCACCGAAGAGUUGAAGGCCAAGGCCGAGGUUUACUACGGUGAUGAAAUUUGUCAAGACAAAACUAAGUUCCUCCUACAAGAAGUUGGUCUUCCCCGCGGCCUCCUUCCUCUUAGAGAUAUUAUCGAGUGCGGGCACGUGAAGGAGACGGGCUUCGUGUGGCUGAAGCAGAAGAAGAAGGUGGAGCAUGUCUUCAGCAAGAUCGGGAGGAAGGUGACGUACUCGCCGGAGAUCGCCGCCUACGUCGAGAACAACAAGAUCAAGAAGGUGUCCGGCGUCAAGGCAAAGGAGCUGCUGCUGUGGCUGACGGUGGAGGAGAUCUCGGCGGCCGACGAGGCGGCGCCGGAGAAGAUCACCUUCAAAACCACCACCGGGCUGUACAGAACCUUCCCGAGGUCGGCCUUCGAGCUCGAAGAGGACGGGGAGGAGGCGGAGCAGCAGAAGAAGCUUCCUCCCGCAAUCCCGGCGCCGCCGGAGAAAGCUCCGCAGGCGGCUGCCAACAAGUGAGCGUCUUUGUGAUUCACGAAAUUUACUGGGGGAAUUUAUAAGAAACCCUCACCCCUACGCACUACUACUGCAAUCACUUGAACUUUCUAAUAAAACCCAAUAAAUUAUCAUAUUUCAAUUCUAUA